UCAAAACGAAGAAAAUCGCGGGUUAACCAACAGCCCGUGAUUAUGGAUGGGCUUUCAAUGUCGGAGCAUUUCUGUUUUGCUGUUUAUCGACGAUCAGACCCAGAUCGAAAAGAUUCACGUGGCGAGAUUCGAUAAAGAUCCAGAAUGGCAGAAUGAGGCAGGCAAUUCCGUUUUGAGGAGAGCGGGUUGUAAAUUCGUGAGCCCGGAGAGCCGAUUGAAUUCGAACCCGGCUCCGUAGACCAUCGUAUCCUCGUUGCUUUGCCCCUGUGUUUAUUGCAAUCUGGGAAUCUGAGCAGCUGCGAGGACUGCAUUUCGAUUCAUUAACUCUGUCCUCCCACACUGUGAGUCCCGAGCGGCACAUCAAGAACGGGGUUUCUGUUGUAGAGAAUGAGAAUAAGGUUCGAACUUAUUGUGUUGGCAUUGGCUAAAACGAGGAAAUGAGAAUUUUUGAGACUAGGAGAAACUCUCUAUCUUUCACAAAUGUCGACACACCUUCUACUGCAAUAGACGCCCUUUUUGACUCCCUCGAAGGUGAUGUAUUUAGCUGCAAUACUUGAGCCGCAGCUGUGGAGAUGCCUCAGGUGAUCAUCACAAUACGUAAUCAGGGCAGAAUAGAGUCUUUAAGAAGGCUUGAAAUGGUGAACUUUGAGAGAAUGCGGAAAUGACAUUGAAAUGGCCAGCCUCGAACGUGUUGGCCACAUCUUUGAGCAUGGUAGGAGCUGGAAAGAGUCCAUCGCUAGGAAUAGGUGUUGGUGGUGGGGAGAUGGGCUUCCAAACAACAGGAAUUUGGAGAGGGUUGAGGCAGAUUGGAUCAGCGCAGAAAGCAUUUGGAGGGAGAGGAAAGAUCGUUGGAAUGGGUAAGGGAGCUAGGUCCAUCGCCAUUGCAGAAUCAGCCGGAACUUGCAGGCGGAAGAACAGAGCCAGCGUUUCCCCUCUAGACUUCGAAGCUGGAAGGCUAACUUUUCCUGUUGAGAUAAUAAAGAUCCCUGGUCCUUCUUGCGCAGUUGGGACACUUAGCGCUCGUGGAUUUGAAAGUGGACCUCCUAAAAGCUGUGAUCGGUUGCUUGACCGAAUUGUAUGGUCUUCCAAAAUGCAUUCCAGAUGCCCUCAAUUUGCAUGCACGUUCAAGGAUCCUACGUUUUACUCGAGGGGAGGGAGGAAAAUAACGAGUUUUUCAGGUUCUCCUGUAACUUUUAUAAGUUCACAGAAGCUAAGUGGCUCUCUCCCUUGUGUGAGAGACAGUAGAUCUCCGGCAUUAGCUUCAAGUUCCUCGUACUGUCAACCAUGCAAAUCAAAUUUCAGACCUUCCUCACCUGUGUAUAACGCGGCCUCUGGCCAGAGAAGGCUCUCGUAUUUCAAAAGUGAGAAUCUUAGAUGGAGGAGAAUUUUCAAAGUAUUUUCGGAAGACGUUGACAGCAGAGAAGCUGUUGCGAAUGAUCAAGAACGGGAUUCUAGUGUGAAUAUGGUGGCUGAAGGCAUGACAGGGAAAACAGAGGAUUUUGAAGAUAUUGGUGGACAAGGCCUUGACGGACUGGCUGAAAGCACAGCACGAGGUUCUGUGGAAAAUACUGAUUCACAAUCCAAAAGGGUGGAAGUGAGUUUUGAAGCAGGCACGGCACUUGACAAUGUACACAAGGGUCCAGGGAAUCCAGUUUCUGAUAAUUUAACUCCUAGCGAUGUAACUGUUAUAUGUUUCGAUAUCGAGACCACUGGUCUCCAUCCAGCUUACCACCGAAUUAUAGAGUUUGCAGCCCGUGAUUUAUCGGGAGGUGAAUACAGCACCAUCGAGACGUUAGUCAAUCCAGAUCGAGAGGUUCCUCUAGAAUCUGAACGUAUUCACAAGAUAAGCAGUAAGAUGGUGAACAAACCUGAUGUGCCAAGAUGGAAGGAUGUUGCACUUGCCAUCGUAAGCUUCGUCGAGAGUAGAAGAAAAGGGCAGGGAUCGGUUAUUCUUGUUGCGCACAAUGGGAAGCGAUUUGAUGUUCCGUUCAUUAUGAAGGAAUUUCGUGAUUGUGAUGUGCCAAUACCAUCGUACUGGCGCUUUGCCGACUCGAUGCCACUAGCUAGGUCUGCAAUGAAGUCCUUGGGGCAGAAGAGACCUAAAGUGGCGUUGAUGGAUCUCUUCAAUUUUUACAAUCUCCAGUCCGUGGGCGAUGCACAUCGAGCGAUGGCCGAUGUGAAUAUGCUGGCUCCAGUUUUACAAAUGGUUAUGAACGAUCUAUCAAUGGGCGUUCUCGAGCUGUUAGAACAGUCCUUCAGUGUUGAAGAUUUAAGUGAGAAGGGGAAGGCCUUACCUAUGAAUCGUGUUCCUGCGAUUGAAGAAAUGUAUGAUGGUGUUGAAGUGGAUGUUCCAGAAACUGGUGUCUCGUCUGAGGUCUUGGGUACUUUGAACCUUGAUGCAGCUUCUCAGUCGUACGAGGCUGCUCUUGGGAUCGAAACAGGCCGGGAAGUUGGAGAAAUCUUGAGGGUAUCUGUUCCGUGGGAUUCAUCUGACAAACCAAAUCUACAAACUGAGGAUGAGUUUGAGAAAUCUCUUGGAUUAAGUCUUGGUGAAGGUCAAAAACUCAACCUUGGUCAGCCUAUAUAUGAAUUGGAGGAGGAAUCCUCAAAGCAUGUUCCAAAAGAGACGAUUUCUCAGUAUGAAGAAUAUCUUCGAGAAAAAGAGGAUGACAGGCUUCCGUCUGAUCGCGACAUAUCAAGCACACCUAUAUCCUAUGCCGCUUUGACAGGUUUUGUGCCUGCUGAUCUUGGGGAGCCUCAAGUAACCCCUGAAGGCAAAAACAUUCGAGGAAGAAGUUCUGAUUUAGGUGAAGAAAUUUGUAAAGAAGAAAUGUCAUCUUCAUUGAUUAAAGGCGAGAAAAGCUUACAAGAAGUUGGUCGCGACGUGAGAGGCGAUGAUCGUGAGAAAGAAGUGGAUGUUUUUGUCGAGGAAAACAUCGAUGUGCUUCGCAAGCAACUUUCGGAACUGCAGGUAGAAAGCAAUGGUAGUGCCUGGGAUUCAGAUGAGACACCUGUUGUAAACGCUCGCAACCUAUUAGAGGAGGAUGAAGCACCCUUGCUUACUAGCACAGUCGACGUCUCGCUGUUGAGUCCCAUGAUGAAGCAGUACGUCGAGACUAAACGACAACGGGAUCCCAAGUUUUUGCUUCUUUCACAAGUGGGCGAUUUCUAUGAGGCAUUCUUCGAGGAUGCUAACAGGCUGGCUGAGGCAUGCAAUAUUAGACUCACAGCCAAAGAGGGUGGUAAGCUCUUAAAGAGAAAAAUACCUAUGGCCGGAGUUCCAGUUCAACACAUUGAUAAAAACUUACACACUCUACUUGCCAAGGGCAUCCCUGUUGUCCGACAAGAGCAGGUUGGGGAGGAGGAAAGUGGAUUAUCGAUCGAACGACAAGUCACUGCCGUGUUGACCCCUGGAACCCUCGUAGAUUGUGCAAUGCUUGAAGAAAGCUACAAUAAUUUCUUGGUGGCCGUCAUGCCACCCUCCGUUGAAAGCGGGACCUGGGGAUUAGCGUUUUCUGACAUUUCAACAGGAGAGUUUCAGGCGACAGAGUUGCAGGGAAAGGAAGCUUUCGUUCAGGAACUCCUCCGGCUACAACCAGCAGAAAUUCUAUUUCCUGUAGGCCGUUUGCAGGAGAUUGAUGUGGAUUCUCCAACUCCCAUGGGUCUGCCUUCACAGUUUUGCUACUCAAGUAGGCCACAGUCAGAUUUCUCAAAAGCAGAAGCUGAGAAGAAGCUCAAGUCAAACUAUGCAGCAGUUUCGCUUGAAUCGAUGGGCAUUUCCGGAUUUCCUCACGCUGUACGGGCUGCCGGAGGCUUGUUGGGUUAUGUCGAAGAGACUCAGCAGAUGACUAGCGAGGAUAUUCCUCUUCAAAAGUUGAAAUACUUCUCUGCAACUGAUUCUAUGCACCUUAGUGAAACAGUGCGUAAACAUCUUGAGCUAACGUCUACGUCAAGAUGGGGAAAGGCUGAAGGAUCGUUCAUCUGGGCUGUGGAUGAAACAAGGACGGCAAUGGGCAGGCGAAUGCUUCAAAAGUGGUUAUUGUGGCCCUUGCUGCAGCACAAGAAGAUCAUUGAGCGCCAAGAUGCAGUUGAGAUAUUUGUUAAAAAUUCGGAGGCUCGGAAGGCGCUCCGAAAAGAGCUUGAACUUCUUGGUGAUUUAGAGAGGCUGACUGGACGAGUUGGAUGGAAGAGAGCUAAUGCCAGGGAUAUGCUAACAGUAGCCCAAUCACUACAAGCGCUUCCCAAGCUCUCAAGGAUUGUCGAAGAAUUGUCAUCAAAUUCCUACAUUACAGCAGUGCUGAGGAUACCCAUAGCGGCAAUCGAGAUGGCCGAUCGAGUUCAGGGGAUGCUCGUGGAGGAAUCUGAUGCAAGAUCUUCAGGGGACCUGAUCAAGAUUGGAGUUGACGUUGCCUUAGACGAACUUAGAAAGGAGGUUGGACGGGUUCAUGACUCAAUAGCACAUUAUGAGCAGCAAGAGCAACAACGCACUGGAAUCUCUUCACUUGAGGUAGGGUAUACCAAGCCUCACGGGCGCUUCAUAAGUAUACGGAAAACACGAAUGAAGGAUUUGAUUCUCCCAAAAGACUAUCAAAAUAUACAGAGUUUAAAAACCGAAGAACGUUUUACUACCCCAAUACUUCUAGAAUAUGAAAAACUGCGCGUUGAGACUCUGAAGAAAGCAGCUGAGCGUGAAGAUCAGCUUUUUAUGAUGAUCAAAGACGAAAUGGCUGGGCUUCUGAAACCUGUUCAAGAGUAUAGUAAAUCUUUGGCCGAAAUCGACGUAUUGUGUAACUUUGCAGAGAUAGCUGUUAACUGGAACUAUUGCCGACCGCGAAUUUUCGAAACUGGCCGUGAAGUUACAAUAUUGAAAGGUCGGCAUCCUGUAGUUGAGCGUUGUCUUCCCGAAGGGAUAAAUUUUGUGGCCAAUUCCACAUACUUAGGAUAUCCUCAGGAAAAGAAAGUAAACGAUAUUCCUGGCUCAUCCCCUUUUGAAGUGACUCAAUUAUUUAGUGAGUUACAAGAGGGUGGAAAGGUGGCCAAUGUACCUUCGAGAUUAGUAAGCGAGGAAGAAAGUGCAGAAUUUGCACAUGAAGACCAUGAACAUUCUUGGCCUCGGCCUGAUGUCAUGAUAUUGACAGGCCCAAAUGCAAGUGGAAAGAGUUGCUACUUGAGACAAAUAGGCCUUAUACAAAUUUUGGCCCAAGCUGGCAGCUUUGUACCAGCUCGAGAAUGUCGCCUUUCGAUUUCUGAUGGUUUGUAUACGAGGGUCGGCUCUGUUGAUGAUUUGGCUGCAGGUCAGAGCACGUUCAAGGUGGAGAUGUCCGAGUCCGCUGCCAUACUUGAGAAGGCCACUCCACGUUCUCUUGUCCUUCUGGAUGAAGUGGGAAGAGGGACAGGAUCUCAGGAAGGUGAAAUGAUAGCUCGAGCAAUUAUCGAGUAUCUUGCUCAGCAAGUCAAAGCGAGAACUGUGUUUUCCACGCACUACCAUGAGCUCCAUGACCUUGACUUGGAGCUACCAAACGUUUCCAACUAUCACUUGGAAGCGGUGGAGACUUCAUCUGGCGAUAUUAUAUUUGACCACACCGUAAGACCUGGUUUUGCUUUACGAUCAUACGCCGUUGGUGUUGCCAGAGCGUCAGGUAUGCCAGAGUGGAUUUGCAACAGAGCGUCAGAGCUGCUUGCGGAGUUGGCAAUGCCUGAAGGAGCUGAAGACAAGACGGGAGGGUCGAAGUCGCGCCAUGCUGAAAGAGAGUUGUUCGAUGAACUACUAGAGAAGCAACCGAUGGAGCGCAGAUUCGAGGAUGAAAAUCAAAGCGGUGUUUUGGUUGGAAGUACUGGUGGUAUGCGCAAUAAUAUCAGGAUCGGGAAAAGUAGCGAUAGCUGGUUUGAAGUGAUCAAGUUCAGCAAACGGGGGAAGUCCAAACGAGCGAGAGUAAGGACGGACAGUGAGACUGGGGAGGUAGAUGUGAGUUACAUUGAGGAAAGUGAUAAUCCGGCCUUAUUUGACAGCACAGGAGUCCAGGAAGAGGAGGCCGAGUAUGACGAAAAAGAAGUUCAUCAUGCAGCUAGCUCAUGGAAGGAGGAAACUAGUUUUGACUUCGACGCCACGGCAGAAGUAACUGCAGAUUUGUCCAACGUGGAAACUGGAAAACUUGCAGAAGACUUGAGUGAAGUCUGGAAUCGUGUGUGUGCCACUCUUCAGAACCGGCCUGCAACUCAAGCACUCACAAAACAGAAAGGCAUCCUGAUCUCAGUCACGAGAUCUGCAGACGCCAUUAGUGUGAAGAUGGGUGCGUCGGCAUUGUUUGUUAAAAAGUUUCAACAGCACGAGCAUGCGAGCGCAUUGGAGGCCGCAUUUACUGCAGUUUUGAAGCAACCUGUUCAACUGGAGGUCUCCAUUCUUGACACAAAGCACUGAUCUUCUCGGGUGUAGACAUCUAUUUAUCGACCCAAGUCUCGAUUUUGACACCUUGCCUGUACAGGAGAGCGUGCAAACAGCUUAGUCAACCCUUCUAAAAGAGUUGGAGAUGCAUCAGAAGGAAAGCGAACCUGAGUAGAACGGAUUGAAAUAACGGAUCUGCAAGGACGGAGACAUGAAGAGUCCCUUCUCAGCCCUGGUACCGGGUUAUUCUUUGCUUAAGAAUGAUCCAGUAUGGUUCAUUCUUACAGCCCCUACUCCCAAGGCAAGCUUGGAUAUCAGCCAACUUGCCAUUUCUGAAUAACUUCAGAUGUACAAAUGAAACUAUUGAUACUACAUAGAACCCUCAAGUUUUACAGGGGAAAUACAGGUUUGUUGCUUUGGACUCGUGGUCCUUUAUGGCUCCUAAAUUGUGCAUACUUUCACUUAGUGUAACUCAAAGUUUGUAUCUGG